GUGGUUAAUUGACUUAGAAGGAGCUCCAGGGUCAUUGUAUGAAGGCGAAAAAUACCAGUUACGAUUCAAAUUUGGUUCAAGAUAUCCAUUUGAUUCGCCGGAGGUUGUGUUUAUGGGUACCACCAUUCCAGUUCAUCCCCAUGUUUACAGUAAUGGGCAUAUCUGUUUAUCAAUACUUACAGAAGAUUGGUCACCAGCGUUAUCUGUACAGUCUGUGUGCCUUAGCAUAGUCAGUAUGCUUAGUAGCUGUAAAGAAAAGAAACGUCCACCAGAUAAUACAUUUUAUGUGAGGACCUGUAGUAAAAACCCAAAGAAAACAAAAUGGUGGUACCAUG